AUGGGUUGUUCGUCGACUAAAGCUGUGAUCUCGGGCAUUCCACCGAAACAUUUAUCAUCAAAGCAUGAACAAUCUUUGGCGAUGACAACAACUUCUUUACAGAAAAUGCGUUUUCUUGAAAGUUGUUUUGUCAUUUGGUUUCGUGAUGAAAUUUCGAAUAAAUUCGAAAAUGAAAUAAAACAUUUACAAAAGCUCGUUUAUGGACUCAAAAUAUUUAAUAAUAUAGAUGCUUGCGUUACUUUUAUAAACAAUAUUCAAGAUGAGAAGGUAUUUCUUAUAAUAUCGGGUACGUAUAGAACACUUGAAUGUUUUCAAAAUUUAUCACAACUUGAGAAACUAUUCAUAUUCGACCCAUUUCAACAACAAAAUGAUGUAAACUAUCGAACUUUAAAAUAUGACAUUAUUCGAAAUAUUGAUAAUCUUCAUAAAAAACUCGAAGAAGAUGUUCAACUAUGUGAAGUGGAUCUUAUACCAAUUUCUGUUGUAUCACCAUCAUCACAAGAUAUUUUAUUCUCGUCCGUAUUGACUAAACAACAAGCAUCAUUUAUUUUUGGUCAAAUGAUUAAUGAAAUUGCUUCUCGUCUUAAAUUCGAAAGUUCUUCGAAAGACGUUUUAGUCGAUUUUUGUCGACUACAUUAUGUAAAUAUUGAUAAACAAUUGCGUUUAAUAGAUGAGUUUUCAAAAGAUUAUCGUCCAAAUAAAAUUCUCUGGUGGUUAGUACAGCCAUGUUUUGUUUCAAAAAUAUUGAAUCGCGUACAACGUACACGUGAGAUUGAUAUACUCUAUAAAUUUGGCUUUAUUCUUAAACAAGCAAAUUUACAACUGAAUCGAUUAUACAAGGAAAAUGUAUCACUAAUUGAAACAAUAUCUAUCGUUUAUCGUGGUAAAACCAUGACAUGUGUUGACUUUAAUACAACAAUAAAGAAUAAAUGUGGUAGUUUUCUUUCGUUUACUAAUUUUCUUAUCGCUACUCGUAAUAAAAAAGUUGCUAUUGAUUUCGUUGAUCGUCGACUUGCUAUUCAUCCUGAUAUGACAGGUAUUGUUUUCGAAAUACAUAUCGAUCACACACUGCUAAAUGAAAAAAAUCCAUUUGCUUUGCUCAAAGAUGCCGAUAUGAACAAAGACGAAAUUUGCUUUUAUUCGAGUACCGUCUUUCGUAUUGAAUCUGUAGAAGAAACUAUGAAUGGUGCUACGAUUUUAUGGUUUGUCAAAUUAAAACAAAUUGAUAACAAUGAUCAAGAACUACUUCAUAUUCUAGCACCUAUUCGAAAUCCUGAAGUACACAAUAAUCAAGCCUAUUUUUUGGGUAAAUUGCUGAUAGACAUGGAAGAAUAUAGACGUGCUGAGCAAGUUCUUUUAGCAUUAUUCCAGGAUCCUAAUUUUUGCAGUCAACCUCGGCGUCUUGUACGUUUACAUAAUGGUCUCGCUGAUAUUUAUACCUGCAAAAAUGAAUACACCAAGGCCUUAGAUCAUUACCAUCAGGCAUUACAAAUGAGCUUAACUUAUCUACCACCGGAUCAUCCAAAUCUUGCACCUAUAUAUAAAGCAAUUGGUAAUACUCAUUUGAAUCAAAAUGACUGCAUUCAUGCUUUAGAAAAUUACGAGAAAGCAAUGGGGUUGCUAGAAAAAGAUACAUUAGAAUUUACUGUUGACCUUGUUACUGAUUUGCAAACUGGUAUUGACAAGGCAAAGAAAUUGCUUGAAAGUAAUCAGUAA